AUGGGAGUAGUGCUGUACGAGAAAAACGUUUUAGAAGAUGCGCGGUUUUUUGCCGACGAGAAUAAUCAACGACAAUCUCCGAUACCACUAAAUCUAACUUCAUCGUCGACAAUUCGGUCAUCAAACAGUCCUCAAAUCUUACCAACAAGACAAGCACAACUUACCCCAACAACUAAUCCUCACACGUUACUCACUUUACCAUUAACGCGAACAGGAUCUUCUCGAUCUUCAUUUUCAUUUUUUCGGAAUCGACAUAAUAGAAAAUUUUGGCUUAAAAUAUGGUCUUCUGCUUCAGGAUCAUCAAUAAACGCGGCAACGACGACAUCCAUAGCACAAAGCCAAAAUUCUCCGAUUAUUACGCCCUCAAAAAAAGUGUCAUCAGUAUUGAAGUUUCCAAGAACACGCCAUAAGAAAAGCGUGGACAAUAAAUCACCGUGUGAUCGAAUUAAUAGUAGAAUAGUAGUGGUAAAUAGUAAUGAUAUUAACGAGGAUGAUGUUCUUGACGAGUGUAAUCUUAACAAUGAUAUCGGAACGACAACGGCAAUAAGAAGUCACUAUCGACAAUCGACUACGGAUACAAAUGCAACGACAUUGUCCACCGAAACUAUCAAUAAUAGCACAUUUGAAGAAAAUGAUGAAACUAUUGUAAAUUCCACUGCUCCGUCUUCACCUUAUGCGGCCAAAUUCUACGAAUCUCCUGUUGAAGAUCACGAUGCUGAUGAGAAUGUGAUGGUGAAGGAAGAAAAGGAGAAAGUUGAUCUUGUUAGUAAUGUCACUUCAACAAUAUCCUCACCUCCUGCUGCAGGUAUAAUUCCCGAAGACUGGAAUAUAAAUAAGAAAACUUCAUUGAUUGAAAGACUCGCCACUUAUCCACGUCGUUCUUCAGAAUCAGAAAUUCUUUUUCAGAAAGGUCGAUUCACAAUUGUACGUGAAAGUAAACUCCUUCCGUCCCCAUCAUCACCAAGUUGUUAUAGCAGUAAUAAUGAUGAUAAUACGCGUGUUCCAAAAACUAUUUCUGCUUUCACACCGAGUUCCAUAAAGGCACAAGUGUUAAACAAUAAACUACCACAGAUCAAAUCUACAAGUUUGCCAGAACCACUUCAAUCGAAAAAACUACGCGAGAGUUUAUUGAUUAGACCAAUGAAAAGUCAGAUGAAAUUCAUUCCAAAAAACGAAAUUCCAAAAUCAAAGUUACAAAAACCCUUUACCCUUGUAAAUAAUAACAAACCUCGUUCUUAUUCACUACAAUCAGCACCACCUGUAAAUAAUAACAACUAUAAUAAAACAUUUAUGCAAGUUCAGGAUAAACCCAGACCAUCUUCUCGUGCAUCAUCUUCCAGCUCUUCUAUCACCGCCUCUUCAUUAUCAGAAGCAACCGUUACAGUGACUGUUAACACUUCAUCCGGCAGAAUUUUUGAAGUUGGCAAUUCAUCACCCUCUUGUUCAUAUUUCUCUGAAUCAACUCCCCCAUCUCCUGGAAUGACUAAAAUUCCUGGUACUCCUGGUUCUUCGAAUCCAAAACGAAGAAUUUUUAUUGUGGAAACGUUUGAACGGAGUCAAUUUGCAACAUAA